AUGGAGCUAAGCAAGAACCUAAGGAUCGAUUACUUUCGUAAUCAGUUGAUUGCCUGGCGAAUUUGUGGUGCCGUUGAUCUCAGCAAAGGGAACUACUGGAGCUGGGCUAUGUUCCUCGUUAUCUUUGUGUACUUACCGACGCCGAUGUUAAUGAAGGUCCUGUUUAGCUAUGAAGAUCCUUUGGAUAAUAACUUUAACUUUAGCCUGACGAUUACAUCCUUGUCCAAUUUCUUGAAAUUCUCAAUUUACACGGCCAAACUUACCAAAAUUCUAGAAAUUCAGAAGCUUAUUGCCCAGCUAGAUGCUCGGGUUUCUGGAAAGGAACAGGAACUGAAACAUCGAUACAUUUUUCAGCACACACAAAGAAUGUCGAAAAUGUUCCUGGUCACCUACACCAUUGUGUUUAUCAACGCUGCCGUUCCAUUUGUUUUCGAAAGCGAGCGCAGUCUGCCUCUACCCAUGUGGAUUCCCUUCGAUUGGAAAAACUCAAUAGUGGCCUACAUUGCUGCCUUGGCUUUCCAGGAGAUAGGAAUAUUCUUUCAAAUCUUGCAGAACUAUCCAGGGACUCCUUUUCCUCCUUUAGCCUUGUUCCUGGUUUCGGAGCAAUGCCAGUUACUGAUCCUAAGGAUUUCUGCAAUUGGCUAUGAUUCCAAGAGUCUCAAGGAGACUGAAGAGGAACUUGUCAAUUGCAUCAAAGACCAAAACACACUCUACAGAUUAUUGGACGAGGUUCAUAGCCUCAUUUCUUACCCAAUGAUGGUGCAGUUCCUAGUCAUUGGCGUUAAUAUCGCUAUAACCUUGUUCAUCCUGAUAUUCUAUGUGCAGACUUUGGGGGAUCGAAUUUACUAUGUCUGCUUUCUGAUGGCACUCACUGUGCAGACAUAUCCCUUGUGCUAUUAUGGAACCAUGGUGGAAAGUAGCUUUGCAGACCUCCACUACGCUAUCUUCUGCAGCAACUGGGUGGACCAGAGUUCUACCUAUCGAGGAUACAUGUUGAUCCUGGCAGAGCGCACUAAGCGAAGGCAGCUACUCCUCGCCGGCAACCUGGUGCCCAUUCAUCUGAGCACCUUCGCUGCCUGCUGGAAGGGAGCCUAUUCCUUUUUCACUCUAAUGGCCGACAGAGAUAGCCAAGCAUCUUAA